AUGUCUAGUUUCUCUGAAAGACAUGCGCCCAAGGCGGCUGCAGGGCUUGACGCUUUGGAGUCGCCUUUAAAGCCAGCGCGCCCGGACAGCCUCCAUCAACCGCAACCUCGUCGUCAGCCAGCACUCGCCACAAUCCUCCGUCUCCCAACCCUUUCUCAGACCUCAAACGUCGAGGAUUGGCUCACAUCCUUGGACCAGGACCGACAACAACACUCCAAGUCGGACAGUCACUUACCUCGGAUCUCCCGUUUCUUCCAGUCGACAAGGAUCUUGUCCGAAUUGGAGUCGGAAUUGCCCAAAGAGCCCACUUCACCAGACCUACCUUCAGGAACCUCUAUGGACAGCAGAGCCACAUCCCCCCUGGUUGCAGACCCUAUGUACCGGGAACGCAACCUCGUCUUUAAUAACAUCCAUAUCCACGGGAUAGGUAAGACGCUGCCUGAGCAUGUUCAGCGCCUUGUGGAUGAUAUGUUCAAAGAACGUCAAUCACCGGAACCGGAAGUCGAGGAUAUUAGGAAUGACACUGCUCUGAACAGCCUCCGCGGCGACGACGGCUCCGAGUCAGCAGUGACCAAAUACUUCAAACGUGACAUUUUUGAAGAUCCCCAGUUCUCCAGGAGACUCAAAGGUCUCAUGAUGACGGAAGCAGUUUACCCCAUGCGCAAAGAACACGUUCCCAGCUCAUAUGAUCCGGAUAUCAGUCUUCCAGUGAGCCAGCCGAAGCCGGAUAUCCUUUACGGCUACCUCGGGGAAGCCUUCACAUCGAGGCAGCAGAGACAAUUUAUGACUAUGAACUCCACCGAAUAUACUGCCAACAGUCAAAGACUUAUCUAUCCAUUUUUGCUCGUCGAACUUAAAGGUGACGGGCCUGGUGCCACCGCGGGGAGCCUCUGGGUGGCCACGAAUCAAUGUCUAGGAGGCGUUGCAACCUGUAUCAACAUGGCCGAAAAGCUCAACCGAUACAUCGAACAGCUCCCGGUGUCGACUGUCUCACCCGUGGACACCACGGUCUUCAGCAUCGCCAUGAACGGGAUCGUAGCCAGCCUCUUAGUAUCAUGGAAGGAAGGCGAUGGGAGCGGCGAAGUAUACAACACCCAGGAAAUCAAAUGGUUGCUUUUUGAUCCUGAGGGAUAUCUCCUGUUCCGCCGCUUUGUCCGCAAUGUGCUCGAGUGGGGAAGAGGCCGUCGGCGGGCCCAAAUCGGGGCUCUUCUCGACGCUGUUCAGGAAGAGUCCCGGAAGAAGAGAAAGCUCGACGCCAUGUCUCAAGAUGCCAUCAAGCGCGAUUCCAAACGUUCGAGGAAAUGA